CUUCAUUCCAACGCUGGUGGAGCAACCAAUUGGCACUGACCUUUAACGAAUAUCGGCGUCGUGGAGUCAACAAGACGAGUUGAACAUUCCGAGAGCAUUGCCCAGAUUCUCUAUUUCCACUUCAUUUCAAGUUUUUGAAGCAUGUCCCAUCGCAAGAUUAAUGUGGACCAGUACGACGACGAGGAUGCAUUCGUUGAUGAGAACCAGACCGCAAGCGGACCAACCGCGGAUUCAGCCCAAGUGGAAGCUGAUGUGAACUCUCGCGCCGCUGAGGUGCGGAAUUAUCUGUCACGGGGAGAUGUUGCGGGCGCCGUCGCAAAAGCACUCGAGAACCCUCCAGCGGGCCGCGCGCUACAGACAGUCAAGGACAGAAACACAGCUACAGUCAUGGAAGCACUUGCCGCCGCCAGAUCCACUGAUAUCAUCAACAUCGUCAAAGGCCUAUCCACACAACAAAUGGACAUUCUUAUGAAGUACAUUUACCGAGGCAUGGGCUCACCAGAGUUAUACAAUUCUGCCAUCCUGCUGACGUGGCAUGAAAAGGCUACCGAAGUUGGAGGAUUGGGAGGCAUAGUGCGAGCUUUGACGGAUAGGAAGACUGUGUAAAUAUAACAGAAUAAAUAGAUUUAUAUCUCCUUCAUGGCGGUUGUCCUCGACACAUCGGACUAAUGAAAACAGAUCGUAC